AUCAAUGUUACUGUAAUGAUUAAAUUUGACCUUUUGUAUCGUUUCUUAUUGUUAAGCAAAAGCAAUUGCAACUUCCACACCUAUCCUGCCUCGCUUCAUCCAAUUACCGAAAAGAACUUGUGAUGACUAAGUACGACCUUAAAGAGAUUAAAACACAGUUUGACGAAGCUGUGGUCAAAGCUUUUAAGGAAAAUAAUUACAGGGAGUCGCAUAUUUUCGAAGAUGUUCGUUUGUUUAUAAGUUUCUGCUCUGUGUGCCUUGCUGCGGCAACAUUCGGUAUUGAAAAAUAUUAUGGCUACAAAUUCGCAAAACAGUACUAUCCCUUCUUCAUUUAUCCCUAUUUGUUUUUGAGUGGUCUUCAAUUCUUCUGGAGUAAAUUUAUUCAAGCAAAUAGGUUGUUUGUUGGUUUCAAGACAGAUCGUCAUAUAAAAGUCUCAGCUACUACAGACGUUCCACUCACAGAGAAUCCUGUUGCUUUCUGCAAAGUUACCAUUAUUAAAGACCACCUUGUUCAAGAGAAACAACUCUGUAUCGCCGUGGAUCGCAUAUUUGACAUUGAAAACAAACUCGUAGAGGAUGCUUUUAAGAAGGUUUUCUACAACUUCCUUCGGGAAACCGUUGAAAAGCAUGACUGAAAAUAGCUCAUUUGGUACGAUUUUUGUCCUCAACUCUUGCCCUACUUUAUGUCUUUGAUAUCCCAUAUCAACAAAAAACGUUGUCUAUUUAAUGAAACUAACAAAUUUUAACCACUCUCAAUACACGUAAUCUGCAUUUUUCUCUAAGAAAACCAUUUGUGUCGUGCACUACACGCUGCUGCACGAACAUCACUACAAUCAGUUAGUAAAGGAGUCGGUGACACAAUGUCAUUUCAAAUGAGCACGUACCGCUUAGGAUCGUCCAAAGCCUUCACCAGCUCUCUCUGAACACGAUUACGCAAUGGUUGAAGCUUUGGAGCAGGAAUCUGUUCGGUAAUAGAGCCCAGUGACUUUAACGCUGUGAGUCUGACGAUAAACAAGUUGUUGAGAUCACAAGCGGCCUUGAGCAAUAAAUCAAUAAGCGUCUCGAUAUGCUCAGCAACAAGUUCGGGGAGCUCUGUUAUGGAUGCGAGUAUCACAUUUAAUGCAUAAUACUUGACCGCUGGAUUAUCCAAAGACAAGGACUGCAAUAAAAGAGGAAAUAGAUUUGAUAAAUCGCUCAUUACAAUCUCAUUUGGCACAUUACCGAUCACGUUGGCCAAUGCCAUUAAAUAUGCUGGCUUUCUCUGUUCAGAAGCAUCUUGCAACGAUGUCAUCAAGGAAGGCAUGAUGGCAUUAUACAGCUUCUGCUUGAACAACAGUUUUUGUACAAAAUGAUUUUCCUUUGAUAAGUAAAAAUCGUCCUUGCAGAUGUAUAAAAUUUCGUUAGGAAGCAGACGAAUGAAUCGAUCACUUUCCAAAAUCUUAACGUAUUGUUUCAGAGAUGCAAUAGCUUGGGUGUAAUUACGUCCAACUAAACCUUUGAUGACAAAAGCCACUAUGUCGAGAGACUGAUCCGCAUUUGUACCAGUUUCGAAGUUUUUGUAACAACUAACAUAGUCCGGACUAUUAAGGAAGGCAUCAACUGAAUCUGCCUUAUUUAUAGCACUGCAAAUAGAACGUAAAAGGAACAUCUUAACAAUGUUUGAAUUGUCAUUGUAGACAAGUUUUAUGAAUAAGGAAACAAGCUCCACGUCCAGUGUACGAAUGUACGAUACAGUAGGUCUUAAUGCGGUAUAGGCCGCACAAAAAAGAGGUAAUGUAUCAUGCAAUUUCUGAUUGCUCUCAAUUUGGAAAGGUCGAAAUUGUUUCGCCUUAUCAUCAAAAUAAACUUUCAAAGCAGAAGUACGUUGUGACUCAGGAUGAACCGGAAGAUAAAGGUUCCAAACCUGUUGGAAAAAUUCCUCUUGGUCAUCGUGCGAGAAAACCCUCACAAGUUCGUUUACCAUCCGGGACAUUGUCAAAAGCGAUGAAACAUGAAGACGAGCUUCAUUUAGCGCAUAGCUCUGUGCUUGCUUAAAUAUCCAAGAAAGUAGAUCUUUUCCAUGAAGAUAAGCAUCCGUUGAAUUUUCCUUUAGUUUGCGUCUAAGUGUCCGAAGGAGUGUUUGUAAAGCAAGGUCUACAAGUUUUGAAUUUUCGGUUUCAUUUCGCAAUUGAUCCUCAAUCAAUGCGGUCGUACGAACGACAAGACUAUUAAACAAAAAUGUCUCCGUAGAAAUCUGCUCCAAAACAUGGAACGCGUGGGAGAAACCUUCACUAGAUUGAUUUGCAGAAAGCUCAAGUUGCGAAAACGCUGUUGGGAAACACACUUCAGAGAUGAUAGUAGGCUUAUACUUAGCUAAGUCCGCAAUUUUUUCAACAGCGUCUUUCGACAAAGGUUCAUCUUUAUCGAAAGCUAUGUCCCUUAAAAUACGGGCAACCAUUGCAACUUCUUCGUCGUUCAUGUAUCCACGGAUACAAGCGAUCUUAUGCACGCAGCGCAAGGCGAGCGUCCUCAAUUGAACUUGAUCUUUGCUCACGCCUUCAAGGGAGGCAUAAGCAAAAACAAGAAGCAGAUUCUUGCUUUGAAGAAAAAGAGGGGAUAUUUCAACGGAUUUAACCUGCUUUCUCCUUCCGUAUACUUUAAGUGCUGAAUCCACAAGGUAUGAACAGAAUGAUAACAGGGUCUGUUUUUUAGGAAGUGAUUCCUCGGCUUUGCAGUUGUCUUCAAGAAACUUGACAACCUUGUCAAAAGAAAACUCAAAGACAGCAGGAUUGUUGCUCGAAAUAGCUGCAAAGCUGGCGCCAAAAGAAAUUCCAGCCUUAUUAUCGAAAUCCUUAGUAAUAUUCUGUAAAUUCUCAUCGAUAAUUAGACUGAGCCAUUGCCUAUUUUGCUCAACCAGCGCUGAACUUUCUGACAUACGCAAUGCAAGCUUGUUCAGAACCUUUAAUGCUUCAUUUUUCACGUUCGUAUCCGUCUCCUCCCAGAUAUCAUGUUUCACAGACACCCAAUAAUUUUUCGUUUCAUUCGAGAACGAUUCAAUGGGCCAAAAACAGAAAGCAUGAUAGAGUAUGUCCAGCGUAUCAAGCUUCACUCGAGCAGCAGAUGCUUUGAGCUUUUCAAAUAAUAGAGGGAGUAGAAAGGGUGAGAAAAGACUCGUGGAAACUAACACAUCCCGCAAGCUGUGCUUUAACUGCUCGGUGGUAAUGGGAAACUGAGGAUCAUUGGCAGGUGCACGAAACGUAAUUGGAAAGUAACAAUACGAUAUGUUGAAAAUCUCUUCUGCGUAAGGAGUUACAUCCAAAUUUUGAAUCAGCAGCUUAAUCAUUUCGAAGCACAGCAUAAUGUUUCUAGGAUCUUUUUCUCCCUGAAAUAGUUUUACAAAUUUAGGAUAACAGAAAGACGGCCCGGCUUUCACAAGGCUGUCCAUAUGAACAGUGAGGAAAAUUUUGAGAGUAGUCAAGACUGCAUGCCGAGUGGAUUGAGAAUACUUUGGCAUGUCAAUUUGAGUGGAAAUGCUGAUAAUUAUUGUUAGAAAUAAUUUGUGCGUUUGGUACGUACUGCUCCAAAAAAGUAGGAAUUUGCUGAAUGGGAAGCUGAUUCAUUUUUAAGAUAGCCCCAAGACCCCUCAUGUUUUCUUUUAAAACAAAUUCGUCGUCCAACCGAUUUAAAUAGAACUGAAAUAGCACGUACACUUGAGCAACGUUAGUUAAUUGCCAUAUAAUUAAAUGAGUC